UAAACAAAAGUGAAGCUCUUUAUCAUACAAUCUGGGCCACCAAUAACAACUGAGGAUGACAUUUCCAGAGUUAGACAAUGAAACAAAAUUGAAGAUAUAUGGAACAAACUUGAGCUACAAAUUGUAUGCCAACACAUGGCGUUUCUACAUUGCAUUAAAGAUUUGGCACUUUCUCCCAAUAUUUAUCAUUAUUAUCGGCACUCUUGGAAAUUCUUCAAAAAUUUUGGAAAUAUUUCGAAAAACUAAUCCUAAAGCACGAAGUGGGAAUAGAAUUGGUGCUAACCUUAUAUUGGACACUUUGUAUAUAUGGACAGCAAUCUUACAGAAAACUAUAUGGUACCUAUCCCCAGGAAACAUAGAUAUUUCAUCAAUUAAUAAACUCACAUGUGUAGCUUUCAGUAUAGGCACUAAGACAACAGAGCUAGUGUCUGUCUGGUUAACUGUGAUUAUAUGCAUGGAGGGAUUAACACCUUAUAGAAUUAAGCAUAUUUGGCUUCUAGGAUUACUUGCUGCAAUCUUUAACAGUCAUAUGAUGAGUACAUUAGAUGUGGUCAAAUUUCAAUCUGAUGGUGCCAAAUUUUGCCACGCAUCAAAACCAGAGUAUUUGAACCUACAUUUGACAUAUGUGCCAAUAUUUGAAGUGAUUUUCGCUGGCCUCAUACCCGCUGUCGUGACAGGAACAGUAUUAAUCUGCCACAGGGUGAAGUGUAGUAAAGAUGCAUGUCAAGUUGCUUCAAAGGGAACAGUGAAACUGUACAAACUUGCUCUGGGAUUUCUGAUCUGUAUUUUACCAUAUUCAUUGUUCUUUAUAUUGUAUCACUUUGUGAAACACGUUCAACAUGAUGAUUCCCUGGACAUGCAUUUGAGAUUGAAAAUUACCAAUGCAAUUGUUAGCAUGCUUCAUUUUGCAAAUUUUGGAUACAAAGCCUUUGCAUUAAAGAUUUUCUGAAACUAGCUCAAAACAAUCAUUAACAAUUACUUUAUCAACAAUAUACAAAUACUUACUUUACUUGUAAAAUAAUGUACAUAUUUACAUGGCUUCAAGAACUAUACAUGCAUGUGCAAUGUUUUUUGACAUUUCGUAUUUGAGUUAAGUUUAAAAGAGAGAUUCUGUGAUUGAGGAAUAGGGGAUUUACUAAAAGGAAUUUGAUUGUGUUAUUUUUUGAAUUAAACAGUCAUAUGAAUUUUAAAAUUUUUAAGUUAAGCUACAUAUGCAGGUGUAUGAAUGAUGCAAUCUUUAAUAAAAACAAGUGCUUAGAAAACAGACAAAAUUGAAAUAUUAAUAUUUUAUUGGUACAAAGAUUGAGAGUUUGAGAUCAAUAGUUAAAUUUCCUUAA